AUGGUAGCAAUUUGGGGACCGUUAUCUUGGGCUAAAUUUUCUGAGAGUUUGAUUAGAAGAUUUGGAGAAAAAGUAAAUGAAGUGACCGAGACUGAAGUAGAGGAAGACAUCGGUCAAAUUAAGCCUUCCGGUGAUUCUGAAGAGCUAUCGGUCAUUGAGGAACAGGGAGAUAUAUCGGAGAAAAGAGGAGAACUAACGGGGUUAGAUGUAUUGACUGUUAAAGAAGUUUCCGACUGGGACAAUGGACUCGGGGAUUCGCCAAAACAACAGGAGAUUGCUUUGGUCGCUGCAACUUCUAUUAAAGGAGUACAACUUGGAGGUUAUCAAGCUGAAGGAUUUCGAGAAUAUCAACUAUACUGGCUUCAUUGA